AUUUUAGCAACACUAUUGAGAUAACACGUAGUUUCACGAGUAUUUUACUUCUAGUAUUAAAUAUCAAAAGAAAAAUAUCAACGUAUCUGACGAUCUCGUUCUACAUGUGCGUUUUGUCCGCAUGUCUGCCAACUAGAGAAACUUAAAAACUGGCGGGAAAUUUCGCAAUUCAAAUUUUUCGCAGGAUGUCGAAACCGAUAGUGUUCGUAACCGGAAAUGCGAGGAAACUCGAGGAAUUUGUGGCUAUACUAGGUUCGAAUUUCCCACGAGAGAUAACGAGUAAAAAGAUCGAUCUUCCGGAGUAUCAAGGAGAGAUGGACGAUAUUUGUCGCAACAAAUGUCGAGCAGCGGCGGAAUUAAUAAAAGGCCCGGUUAUCGUAGAAGAUACAUCCUUGUGUUUCAACGCGCUGAACGGCUUACCUGGUCCGUAUAUUAAAUGGUUCUUAGAUAAAAUAGAUAUAGAGGGACUUCACCGAAUGCUUCACGGUUGGGACGACAAGAGUGCAGAAGCGGUGUGCACUUUUGCCUACUGCGCUGGAGAACCCACAGAUCCGGUUCUGUUGUUUCAAGGAAGAACUCAAGGAACGAUCGUGUCCCCUCGUGGACCACGAGACUUCGGCUUCGACGCUUGCUUCCAGCCAUUGGACCACGAUAAAACGUACGCAGAGUUACCGAAAGAAAUGAAGAAUAGAAUAUCUCAUCGUAGCAGAGCGCUGGAAAAAUUAAAGGAACAUUUUAUGAAAGAUGUUGAAUAAUCGGUAAAAUGGCUCCUCCUG